GGUAGGAGACAAGAGAGUGGCUACAAUGACUUCAACAGUCUUGGUGGACAUCCGAGAUGAAGUAACCUGCCCUAUCUGCUUGGAGCUCCUGACAGAACCCCUGAGCAUUGAUUGUGGCCAUAGCUUCUGCCAGGUCUGCAUCACAGGACACAGUAAUAAUUCAGUGUUCAGCCAAGGAGGGAGGAGCAGCUGUCCUGUGUGCCGGACCUCCUAUCAGCCUGGGAACCUCCGUCCUAAUCGGCACCUGGCCGCCAUAGUGAAGAGGCUCAGAGAGGUUGCGUUGUGCCCUGGAAAACAACUCGAGGUCAUCUUUUGUGCGCUUCAUGGAGAGAAACUCCAGCUCUUUUGCAAGGAGGAUGGGAAGUUAAUUUGCUGGCUUUGUGAGCGAUCUCAGGAGCACCGUGGUCAUCACACAUUCCUCAUGGAGGAGGUGGCCCAGGAGUACCAGGACAUGUUCCAGGAGUCUCUGAAGAAACUGAGGAGGGAGCAGCAGGAAGCCGAGAAGCUAAAAGCUCUUAUCCAGGAGAAGAGGGAAUCCUGGAAGAGUCAGGUGGAGCCUGAGAAACGCCGCAUCCAGACAGAGUUUAAGCAGCUCCGAAGCAUCCUGGACAGGGAGGAGCAGCGGGAACUGAAGAAACUGGAAGUGGAAGAGAAGAAGGGGCUGAGCAUCAUAGAAAAGGCCGAGGGUGACCUGAUCCACCAGAGNCAGUCACUGAAAGACCUCAUCUCAGACCUGGAGCACCGGUGCCGGGGGUCCACCGUAGAACUGCUGCAGGAUGUGGGUGAUGUUACAAAAAGGAGUGAGUUCUGGACCCUGAGGAAGCCCCAAGCUCUCCCCACCAAGCUGAAAAGUUUGUUUCGAGCACCGGAUCUGAAGAAGAUGCUGAAAGUCUUUAGAGAGCUGACAGACGUCCAAAGCUACUGGGCCAUCCAGCAGUCCUUAAGAAAGAAGAGCCUCAGAGAUUAGGACAGGAAAAGACACAGGGGCAAUAUAAUGGCCUCAACAGGUCCAACGAAUAUACAGGAGAAAACCACUUGCCCUGUCUGCCAAGAGCUUUUGACCAAAGCCCACAGUGUAUGCCAAGCCUGUCUCACCACCAAGAAUGCAGUGAUCAACCCCAGAGGGAAAAGCAGCUGUCCUGUGUGUGGUAUUAGAUUCUCAUUGGAAAAUCUACAGGCUAAUAAACAUCUGGCAAACAUAGUAGAGAGGAUCGGGGAGGUUAAAUUGAAGCCUGACAUUGGGAAAAAGAGAGAUCUUUGUGUACACCAUGGAGAGAAGCUCCUUCUCUUCUGUAAGGAGGACAAGAAGGUCAUUUGCUGGGUUUGUGAGCGUUCUCAGGAGCAUCGUGGUCACCACACAUUCCUCUGGGAGGAAGCAGUCAGGGAAUGUCAGGUGAAUCUCCAGAAAGCUCCCACGAGGCUGAGGAAGGAGCAGGAGAAGGUGGAGACAUUGGAAGCUGACAUCAAAGAAGACAGACUUUCCUGGAAGCACCAGGUCCAGACUGAGAGGCAAAGGAUUCAAACAGGCUUUAAUCAGCUUAGAAAAAUCCUGGACAAGGAGGAACAGAUAGAGCUGAAAAGACUAGAGGAGCAGAUGAUACUGGACAGCCUGUUGGAGGCAGAGGCUGAGCUGGCUCAACAGAGCCAGUUAGUGGAGGAACUUAUCUCGGAUCUAGAGCGGCGGGCUGCGUGAGGGUCAGAUACAGAGCUGCUGCAGGAUAUGAGCGGUAUUUUGAAAUGGAGUCAGAUCUGCACACUGAAGAAGCCAAAAGCAGUUUCUAAGAAACUGAGCAUGGUNUUCCAAGCUCCUGAUCUGAGUGGCAUGCUACAAAAGUUAAGAGAGCUAACAGCUGUCCGGGCCUACUGGAACAACUUCACAUUUAAUCCAGAAAACCUAAAUUUGAAUCUUAUACUUUCAGAAGACCACAGACAANUGACAUCUGUGUCCAUUUGGCCCUUUAAGUGUUGUAAUAACGGUAUCUUGGGCUCCAAAUGUUUCUCCUCAGGAAAACAUUACUGGGAAGUGGAUGUGUCUGAAAAAAAUGCCUGGACCNUGGGAGUUUACACUAGAAAACAAACUUUAAGGUUUAAUGUUAGACAACGCAAAAGUCAGCCAAAUGAUUACCACAGAUACAAACCACAGAAUGGCUACUGGGUUAUAGGGUUACAGCAUGGAUCGAAGUAUAGUAUCUUUGAGGAAUCUUCCAACUGUGACCCUACUGUUCUGAACCCCUUUGUGGCCACCCCUCUCCAUCGGGUUGGGGUUUUCCUUGACUGUGAAGAGGGCACAGUGUCUUUUCUCAAUGUCACCAACAAUGGGUCACUCAUUUACAAGUUCUCCCAAUGCUGCUUUUCCCAACCUGCCUAUCCAUACUUCAAUCCUUGGGACUGUCCAGCCCCCAUGACCCUGUGUCCUUUGAAAUCCUGAGUUUUCUCAUUCUCAUCUGUUUCUGGUUUUACUUCUUGCCUUGAUGCUCACCUUCUGGAUGAACCUGUGUUGUUCAGGCAUCUCUUCCCAUGGUCUCCCUUCUGUCCUGCUUGGAUGUGGUAUAUCUGGCAUCAUUUAGAAGAGAUGCUUACCAUUUGCUCUAGUUCAUAUUCUCAAAAAAGCCUAAAGCAAGGUCAAGAUAAUGUCCAUGCCCUCUGACUUCCAUAUUUCCCUUUGUCUUGAAGAAAUGUGACAAAGUCUACUAGCCACUAACUCAUCCUUGUUGUUUAAGACAAUCCGUAAGAACUGACUCCAGACCACAACUAACGGAUUUUUAACACUAUGUCGCUCAGGAUACCUCACGUUCAACAAGAAGUGAAGGAAUAGAAAGUAUGAACAGCAACACAUAACCAUACCUAGUAUACAAAUUCAAAUGCUUCCUCUUACAAACUAAUAAAUUCUAAGGUUCUUAAACUGAAAAUUGAAGUGCAUUUGACUUAAGAUCGUUGUAUGAAACUAGGUAUGUGUAAAUAUAAAAUACCCAUUUAACUGUCUUGUACAUCAUAAUACAUGGGCCUAUAGUCCUUUGUACUCAAUGAAAUAUUUUGUGGAAUGUUUGGAGUACUAUANAUACCUGUUGUCUUCAAAUGCUAGUAUGUCUUGCUUGCCAGUUUGAUUCCAUAUGUAUAAUCUCAUGUAGAGCAUGUCUGAUUUAAAAAAAAAAAGGCUGGUCUUCACUGUUGUUCUAAACUAUUAAAAUUCAUUUGCAGCUAAAAAUUUAAUCUGUUCAUUUGUCUUGCUAUUAGCCAAAUUCUGUUUGGGGGUAAUAAAUGGAAAGUCAAGUUAUUGGAGAUAUCAAGUAAUAAUAGUGUCGUGCUGCAGAAUUCAUUACCAAAAAAACCCACUCUCCCUUCUUUAUUGGUUACUUUUCUCAUUGCUAAGACAAGGCACGUGAUAAAAGCACCAUCUGGGUCUGUAUGAAGUUGUUUCCUCCCACUGUGCUUUGGGUUUCUUCUGCAUGUUUAUGGAA